AUGGCAUCAGGAACUCAGACUCGCCAAAGCCGUCGAGCUUGUGAGCCAUGUCGUCGCAAGAAGUCAAAGUGCACUGGAGAGCGACCGAUUUGCUCAUUUUGUCAGCGACUUCAGCUUCCGUGCAAGUAUGCCGCACGGGGAAGCUCGUCGCAGGACAGUACCGCGAAAGCCCAGAAAGUUCAGAAGAAAUCCACCAGAGACAGGGUCCAGGUUCUUGAGUCGCAAAUAGCGUCCUUAUCUGAAUUACUUGGUUCGCGGACAAAUGGAGAAGCUCAUAGUUCUGGACCUUCGCAGCCACUCCGUUUAACGACAAGCCCUGAUGGGAACCCAUUCUUGACUGAGCAGGCUGAUCCGAACGAGCAACAAACUGUCUUUUUCUCAGAAGCCCAAUCUUACCCGCCAAAAGAUGUAAUGAUUCACUUUCUACAAGUCUACAGUCAGAAAGUGCAUCUUCAACCUCUACCAUUGUUUGACCUCCCCACCCUGGGAGAGAGACUCAAUGACGCCCCUCAGUAUUUUCUCUAUAGCUUCUUAGCCCUUAUGCUCGAGUUCACUACUCAUGAGUACUUUCGGAAUAAUCACGCAGAGGCAUCGAGAUAUUACAGCCGCUCGGCAGCUACUACUAUACAGCGACUUGCUGCUGAAGGAAAGCAUCACGUUGGGAUUGUUCAAGCUUUAUUGAGCGAUUUGUCCAAGGCAUGGAUGUCCAUUGGCACAGCGACACGACUGGAGAGUGUCCGCAAUCUGUGGGAAAGUAACUUAAUACCCAAUGAUGAAUCAACAGAGGAGAAUAGAUGCUACUGGAGUAUUUAUAUCAUUGAGGCAGUCUUUUUCCCUCACAUGCCUAGGGCUCCAACACAUGAUCAGACUCGAAAAUACCCUCCCAGUGUUGAGCCUCCGCCACCAAUCCCACUGGAUGCGGACGAUUUUAAUGCACCAGACUUCGAUAACGCUGUUGGUUCAUCAGAUGACCUAGGAAUCAACACGCACGCGGGGAGAAUGAUAGCAGUCUGGAGUCAAGUCGCUUGCCAUCUCCAUGAGAUCAGGCGUGGAGAGGUCCAGAUACCCUGGCUGCCAGAGUCUACAUACUCCAAGCUCAAUCUUGCUCUGUUUGAGUACGAGGCUCAGUUUAACCAGAGACACCUGAUGAGGAGCCUCUUCCCUUUUAAGAGAUCUUCAGACGAGAUUAAGGCAUGCCCAGAGUAUUGGAAUCCAUGGUUGACCACGCAUUUAGUAUUGCAUGCGUCUCUCGCCUUAUUGAACCACCCUUUCAUUCACUUGGUGGCUUUACGCCGCAAUAAAGAUAUGAGCCAGUCCAGGCUGUUCUUACAGCAGGUCGUGGACCAAGCCCUCUUUCACUCUGGGUGGGUAUUCUGGCUUGUUGGAAUAUUUGAAGAUUUGAACAUUGAGAUAUACAAUCCCCUCAUUGGACUAGCUGUUGCAGCAACAUCGACAAUUCCCUGGCUCUACCAAUUCGUGAAGAAUGCCAAGGUUGCUUGCAAAGCCAGCCAGAAUUUAGCCAAGGGACAGAGAUUGCUACAGCGCCUGUCUAAGACGUGGCCAUGCAUGUCACAAAAACUCGAAAGCCUCCAACGACUCCAAUCGCUUAUCAUUGGAAAGUCACCUGAAGCCGGUGCUGCUGAUACCACGAUUAACUUUCCACCGUCUAUGAUAUGGGAACUUCUCGAUCCUAUCAUUCACAAUAUCAGACAAUCCACAAACCGCUCUGUAUCUACAGAGGGUCUUCCUUACGUCAGUAUACACGUCACAACAGACUUCUUGCAUCCUCUGGCGGAUGACGAAGGUGAUCAGGCGUUGGGUCACUUCAAUUGGGAAGACAGUCUCAUGUAUGGGAAUGACCUGUUGCAGGACAAUUGCCCGUCAUCGCUUGUCCCCUUUGAUUUUAAUGUAACAUAG